AUGAAAAACAUCAAACUACGACAAAACACCCAAACUACGACAAAAACACCCAAACUACCGACCAAACACCCAAACUACGACAAAAACCCCCAAACCGACAAAAACACCAGAAACUACAUUAAGAAACGCAAACUACGACAGAAACCACGCAAACUACGACAAGAAACACCCAAACUACGACAAAAAGAAACGCAAACUACGACAAAAACACCAAACUACGACAAGAAACACCCAAACUACGACAAGAAACACCCAAACUACGACAAAAACACCCAAACUACGACAAGAAAACACAAACACGCAAACUACGACAAAAACUUAAACUACGACAAGAAACACCCAAACUACGACAAGAAACACCCAAACUACGACAAGAAACACCCAAACUUCGACAAGAAACGCAAACUACGACAAGAAACAUCAAACUACGACAAGAAACGCAAACUACGACAAAAACGCAAACUACGACAGAAACACCCAAACUACGACAAAGAAACCCCCAAACUACGACAGAAACAUCAAACUACGACAAAAACACCCAAACUACGACAAGAAACACGCAAACGCUACGACAAGAAACGCAAACCGACAAGAAACAUCAAACUACGACAAAAACACCCAAACUACGACAAAAACACACGAAAACACCCAAACUACAAACAUAACUACGACAAAGAAACACGCAAAACUACGACAAAAACACCCAAACUACGACAAGAAACACCCAAACUACGACCAAGAAACGCAAACUACGACAAGAAACACCCAAACUACGACAAGAAACGCAGAAACUACGACAAAAACACCCAAACUACGACAAAAACACGCAAACUACGACCAAAAACACCCAAACUACGACAAGAAACACCCAAACUACGACAAGAAACACCCAAACUAGAGCAAAAACACCCAAACUACGACAAAACAUCAAACUACGACCAAGAAACACCCAAACUACACGACAAGAAACACGCAAACUACGACAAGAAACACCCAAACUACGACAAAACGCAAACUACGACCAAACACCAAACUACGACAAAGAAACACCCAAACUGCGACAAGAAACACGCAAACUACGACAAAACACCCAAACUACGACAAGAAACAAACUACGACAAGAAACACUUAAACUACGACAAGAAACCCCAAACUACGACAGAAACACCAAACUACGACAAGAAACCCCAAACUACGACAAGAAACACCAAACUUCGACAAAAACGCAAACUACGACAAGAAACUAAACUACGACAAAAGAAACGCAAACUACGACAAGAAAACACCCAAACUACGACAAAACACCCAAACUACGACAAGAAACCCCAAACUACGACAAGAAAACACGCAAACUACGACAAAACACUUAAACUACGACAAGAAACGCAAACUACGACAAGAAACCCCAAACUACGACAAGAAACACCAAACUACGACAAAAACACCCAAACUACGACAAAACACCAAACUACGACAAGAAACGCAAACUACGACAAAACCCCAAACUACGACAAGAAACAUAAACUACGACAAAAACACCCAAACUACGACAAAAGAAACCCCCAAACUACGACAAAAACCGCAAACUACGACAAGAAACCCAAACUACGACAAAACACCCAAACUACGACAAAAACCCCAAACUACGACAAGAAACACGCAAACUACGACAAGAAACCCCAAACUACGACAAGAAACACCCAAACUACGACAAGAAACACCCAAACUACGACAAAAACACCAAAACUACGACAAAAACACGCAAACUACGACAAGAAACCCCAAACUACGACAAAAAACCCCAAACUACGACAAAAACACUUAAACUACGACAAAAACGCAAACUACGACAAAAACACCAAACUACGACAAAAACGCAAACUACGACAAGAAAACACCAAACUACGACAAAAACGCAAACUACGACAAAACACCCAAACUACGACAAAAAACACGCAAACUACGACAAAACACCCAAACUACGACAGAAACAUCAAACUACGACAAAAACACCAAACUACGACAAAACACCCAAACUACGACAAGAAACGCAAACUACGACAAGAAACACCCAAACUACGACCAAGAAACACCCAAACUACGACAAAACGCAAACUACGACAAACACCCAAACUACGACAAGAAACGCAAACUACGACAAUAAACCCCAAACUACGACAAAAACACCAAACUUCCGACAAAACACCCAAACUACGACAAGAAACGCAAACUACGACAAUAAACCCCAAACACGACAAAAACGAAACUACGACAAAAACACCAAACUGCGACAAGAGCACCCAAACUACGACAAGAAACACCCAAACUACGACAAGAAACACCCAAACUACGACAAAAAACACGCAAAACUACGACAAGAAAACACCCAAAUACGACAAGAAACCCACUCGAGGUGAUCUAGUGUCCCCCAAGAAACGACAACUUUACCAGACUGAGACGACUCUAGACCCGGCCAAGAGACUUCUGGCUAUGACCGAACUUGUGCCAUCAAGACUUCUGAACUUCGGAGUCUCAAAGAUUCGUUGCGCCGUCAGGAUUAGUGAGAAGAGCUUCUGUGUCUUCUCCAGCCAGUGUUUCAACCAUGCCCUUAUUGGUAAACACAUCCUGGGAUUACAGUUGACCUUAUGCACUGUCGUUCAGCGGGUAGAAAUUGCGAGAACCCGUAUCGACCCGUUCGUGACCCCCAGGGGCCCGUAUCCGGCCCGUUCAGUGACCCCCAGAGACCAUGUCGACCGUUCGUGUUGGCCCCCCAGGGCCCGUAUCGACCCGUUCAGUGACCCCCAUAGACCCGUAUCGACCCGUUCAAUGGCCCCCAGAGACCCGUAUAGACCCGUUCAGUGGCCCCCAAGAGACCCGUAUCGACCCGUUCAGGCGGCCCCAGAGACCCGUAUCGACCCGUUCAGUGACCCCAGAGACCCAUUAGACGUACGACCUUACGACCCCACGACCUCACGACCUCACGACCCCACUACCUCACGACCUCACGACCCCACUACCUCACGACCUCACGACCUCACGACCCCACGACCCCACGACCUCACGACCUCUCACAUGAUAAAUUUACGACCUUUCUACCUUUGCACAUUUUAA